GCGGUGAAAACAAAUCGAUCUGUCGUUAAGUGUUUACAUUAUAAAUUUCGUUAAUUUGGAUGGAAAUAUUUAACAAAAUUGUGUACAAUAUUAUGUAUUGUAAAUGUUAACAGAAGAAUACAAUUUACAUGAAGUGUUUCAAGAAUUGUAUAAACUCAAUAAUCAACAUUGUUAUUAGUAUAAUACGUUAGACAAUGGCUGCUAAAAUAUAUCAAUCGGAUCAGGAAUUGGAAACAAAGGUCAAGAAAGCAACCGAACGGAUAUCUGAAAAUAUGCACAUAGUUGCAAACGAGCCGUCUCUUGCAUUUUAUAGACUCCAAGAACAUGUGCGGAAAGCAUUGCCUCCUAUGGUGGAGAAACGGGUAGAAGUACUAGCAUUGCAGCAGCAGCUUUUAGGUAGAUGUUACGAUGUAGAAUAUGCUGUUAGCGCUAUUAAAACAAUGCACGGUGCUGGAAAAAGUUUUGAGAACACUCUGGAAUUUAUAAAGAAUGCAAUAUUCUUUAAACAACAAUUAAAAUACGAGGAACAACGCCGGCAUAAAAAGGAUGGAAACAGAGAUUCUGUAUACAAAAGAUUAUCCGCGCACAUUCCCACGUUAGACCACUUACCAGAUGAAAUAUCCGAUGUAGUGAGAGAAACAGCUAACAGAGUAGAAUCUAUGAUGAACCAUGCCAGGCAUUCCGCUGAAGUACAAAAAACAAAUUGAAGUUUGAACAAGAAGUUGGUACCUCAUACUUAUAUUAAAAAUAUAAUAGCAUUAUAAAAUAUGGAUGUUCUUAUUAUAGACUAUAAUAAGUUACAAAUAAUUUAUCUUAAUCAAAGAAUUAUGUAAAUAAGUAGAUUAUAUGAAAUAUUGAUUAAAUAAAACUGUUAUUUUUAUCUGGCUAACA